AUGCCGAUUUCUCGUACUCUCGAUUAUUUACCAUUAAAUGUAUUAACAUUGUGUGGUCAAGAAUUUUUUCAGUUUACAAAAAAAAUUCUUGGUGAACCUGAAGCCAAGUUAUUACUAAAAAUAUCAGUGAAAUCAACAUCAUCACUAUUACUAAUUGAAGAUCCACUUAAUGUCUUCAAUGAAGAUAUUGAUGAUCAUGAAUUAGAAUCAUUGAAGGAACAGUUGUGUUUUAAACUAAAAAAUGAAAAAUAUUUAAUAAAACCCGGUGUAGUUUCAGGAUUUCGAUCAUUGAAAGAAGAUUUAAAAAUUAAACAUGAUGAACUAUUAAAACAACCAGUGGAAAAACAGCGACAGCGACAACAAUUAUCUAAUGUCGACUCAUCAUCUUUAUGUUCAUUAGCACCAACAACGCAAACAACAACUAAACCUACUUCGUUAUCUAUAAGUGAACAUAAAGAAUAUAUUGUUAGAUUUAUAAACAAAUGGUGUUGUGAUAAUAAAGAAAAUGUAGGCAUAGAAGCAUUUAACUUAGCACAAGAUGUUGAUUAUACAAUCAAUAUUGAUGGUGAUCAAAUUUCUGAUAUAAAUGCAAGUAUUAAAUGUAAAUGUGGAAGAUUAAUCAUGUUAGGCAAAAAUAAUAAUAAAAUUCAGGUGUCAAAUUAUUAUAAACACUUGCUAUCAAUAGCUUGCGAUCAUAUGAAAAAAAUAAAACAAGCUGCAAAUGACAAUAGAUCAAAACAACAACAACAACAACAACAACAACCACAACCACAACCACAACCACAACAAGAAGAUCAACAACAAGAACAGCAACAACAACAACAACAAUCAUUAACAUUACCUGUAGCAACAACACCUUUAUCUCAAUCAAACGUAUCAUCAAUACAGUUUCGUGAUGUCUUAUCACCCACUACUGCUCAAGCAACAUCUAAUAUUAAUUCUCCAGCAUUAGCAGCUCAAGGGACACAUAAUGGUAAACGUCCUCUGGCAUCACAGUCACAACAACAUCGUCCUACAAAAAGAAGUCGUACAUGA